GGAAACAAAAAACUAAAACCAAACAAACGUCCCUUUUCUUCUGUAGUCGUCCUCUUCUUCUUCUUCUUCCCAAUUUGGUCCGAAACGACGCAUAAUAAGUUCGUUACAUUAGUUGCUACAAUGACCGAUUCAGAGAAAUUGACGGCUUUGAAAAAGGCUUAUGCCGAGAUAGUUUUGAACACGGCUAAAGAGGCGGCGGCGAGGAUAAUGGUGUCGGAAAGGAAGGCUCACCGGUACCAGCAGGAGCUUUUCGCGACCAAAGACGAGGCAUUGCAUAUGUUGGUUAGGUUGAAACAGAUGUUGGAUGCUAAGGUUAACGAAGCGGAGACGAUGUCCUUGAAUCAACAGAAAAUAAUUGAAGAGCUUGAAGCACAACUGGGGGAAGCUGAGGAUAUUGUUAGAGAUCUUCGAGCAGAAUUGAGAGAAACACAAGAUGAGUUGGAGAGGCUGACCAAAAAUCCGAUGCGGUGUUCGGGCGAACACAACUCAGAACAUGAUGUUGCUGCUUGUGAGAAAAUAUCAAAUGGAAAUACAAUCAGCAAUUCUGGGUCUGUCAUAUCUUCCCAACUCGGUACACAAACCAACAUCGUGACAGUUUCUGACAUCAAGAGUUCAACAAAUUUGGGUAUUAAGUGUUCUUGUAAGGACAAUUGCUACGUUUGUAACCCUGAUUUCGCCUCCAUAGUAAUGAGACGAAAGAGCCUGAUCUGUAUAGAAAUGGGUGCACUCAGAGGAUUCUGCACUGGAAAGGUGUCUGUUGAAUGAAAAUUCUCUUUCCGAGCAAGUAGAUGAUGCAAAGAACAAGACCCU